GCUGUUGAGGCUGGUUCAUGAGAGCCACUUCUUGCCACCUAUUUCCAACUCCAUGUAAGUGACUUUGUGUUGGUGGAAAUUCGCCCUGAUAGGAAUAAUUAUAGGGACUGGCAUGUUAGUUCCUUUCCACAACCUGGUUGUUGCACAUCUGUUAACAUACUACUGAAGUGAAUGGUAGAAGCCAGGAGAAAAGGUUUUCUCACACUGUGGCUCUGACUCUACAUUUGUACCUGGUUGAAGAAACCCUGAAGGGCUUUACAGACCUUACAUUCUUUUUAUUUAUUUAUGUUUUAGAUGAGCCUCUUGCUUCAGCCACCUGAAUAGCUAGAACUCUAGGCGUGCACCACUGUACGUGGCUACAGACGCUACACCCUUCUCCUUGCCUGUGUCUUUGAGUGUGCUUAUGAACUUAGUCCGAUAUCUGUAUAGUUAUUGUUCUUCCCAUUUCCAUGAUUCUAUCUUCAAACAGUCUCUGACUACUUGCUCUCUAAAGGUGGAACGAAUCAAGGAGCUCUGCGACAGCCAAAGACUCUGAGUUAGAAACUAUCAAUAGGCUGAUGUAGAGAAAGAGUGAUAAGCUGGGAUGGGAUAUUCAGUCUCGGUAAGGUAAAAAGGCUGGUGUUUUUAGAAGAAAGGAUUUCCCUUCCUUGGCUUCUCUAGUGAAAACUGGUUGGAGUGAAGAAGUUAAGGGGAAGAUGCCUGUGGCCAGUGCCUUAGAGGGAUCCACCCCUAUAUCUCCGGUCACUUUGGUGAGGGGCUGCAGGGCUUUUACCGUGCCGCGGCAGAAGGCGCUCUUGCGCGAUCGCCAUACUGGCUGCGGGAGCGCAGCGACGCUCUAGUCUCUUUUCUCUGUGGCACCCCGGCAGCUUCUUUGGCCUCUGCAGCAUUGCGGGUUUUCCGGCAGGGGAGAAAACGCCAACUUGGCACGCAUCCUCCGGGACCGAGGCAUGGCACGGCUCCCGAAGCUCGCAGUCUUUGAUCUGGAUUACACGCUGUGGCCUUUCUGGGUCGACACGCACGUAGACCCCCCAUUUCACAAGAGCAGUGAUGGAACUGUCCGGGAUAGUCGGGGCCAGAACGUUCGGUUGUACCCGGAGGUGCCUAAGGUCCUAGAACGGUUACAGGACCUUGGGGUGCCCGUCGCUGCGGCUUCCCGGACAGGUGAGAUAGAAGGGGCGAACCAACUACUGGAGCUCUUUGACCUUGUUAGAUAUUUUGCUCAUCGGGAAAUUUAUCCGGGCAGCAAAGUCACACACUUUGAGAGGUUGCAGCAGAAGACUGGGGUUUCUUUCGCCCAGAUGAUAUUCUUCGAUGAUGAGAAGCGAAAUAUUGUAGAUGUUGGUAAACUGGGUGUUCUCUGCAUUCAUAUUCAGAAUGGAAUGAGUCUUCAAACCCUAGCCCAAGGGUUAGAAACAUUCACUAAUUCUCAAGCUGAGCACUGAGGUCCAGCCCUGUGUAUGAGCCUCAUUUGAAGCCUAAAAUGGAAAGGAAACGGAGAAGGCAUUUUUUUCAGGGAAGAAGGAAAAGGGGCCAACCCCUGAAGAAGCAAUACAGAAACUGAAGGAGACUGAGAAGAUACUGAUCAAAAAACAGGAGUUUCUGGAACAGAAGAUUCAGCAGGAGCUACAAACAGCCAAGAAGCAUGGGACCAAGAACAAAAGAGCUGCCCUGCAGGCUUUGCGGAGAAAGAAAAGAUUGGAACAGCAGCUGGCACAAACCGAUGGAACAUUAUCCACCCUGGAGUUUCAGCGUGAGGCGAUUGAGAAUGCCACCACCAAUGCAGAAGUGCUUCGUACUAUGGAGGUUGCUGCCCAAGGCAUGAAAAAAGCCUACCAGGACAUGUAGGGACAUUGACAAGGUAGAUGAAUUGAUGGCUGAUAUCACAGAACAACAGGAACUGGCCCAGGAGAUCUCAGAUGCCAUUUCUCGGCCUGUGGGCUUUGGAGAUGAAGUGGAUGAGGAUGAAUUAUUGGAAGAGCUAGAGGAACUAGAGCAGGAGAAAUUGGCCCAGGAGUUGUUAAAUGUGGGCAAUGAGGAGGAAGAACCCCCAGUCAAAUUGCCUAGUGUACCUUCUACACAUCUGCCUGCAGGGCCAGCUCCCAAAGAGGAUGAAGAUGAAGAACUAAAACAGUUGGCUGAGUGGGUAUCCUGAAUCUGGGUUUGUCCUCCUCCUGCUGCCUUCAUUGGUCCCUUUUCCUUAAGUGCCAAAUGCCAAGCUAAAGAAGCACAGCUUUUUUGGGAGGUCUUGCUGAUGUGGUAGUAUGCCUGUAUGAGAAAGGGACCUGUUGCCCUUCCAUCCCUGGCUGAACGCUGAAGGAUCUUGCUGCAGGGGCCCCUGGGCUCCAUUCUCUUUGAUAGCAGUUACAGUGCCCUUGUUAUCAAUAAAAUUGGGUAGAUGGA